GUUAUAAAUACAGCCCGGAAGACAUGGACCAGCUUGGUAAAGAAAAGCAAGUGUGCAUGUGUGUGUGGAACUGGCGUUGUGUUGGUUAAAAAAAAAAAAACCGCAAAGGUAAGACUCAAACCUACACACGCAGGUACACACAGGUAGCCGCUGCCCCGCUGUCCGGGCAGUCGUUUGUCCGAUUAUAGGCUCAAGGACGCCGGGGAGCUGUAGCAGGCUGCAGGGGUAACGAGCUAGCGAGCUAACAGAGGUUUAACUUGGAGAAAAGAAGCAGAUAAAGACAGAAACAUCAUGUGUCAGUGGAGCUUUUGCAACAAUGUGCAGUGAAGGAGGAGAAAUGCUUUUUGGUUGGGCGCUUUUGUGCAGACAGGUAACAGUCUUGAUGUUGAGCCCAGCGGUUGAAUGUCAGCACACAGUCGAGCUCGGUGCUGACACUUUCUAUCAACACUUUAAGUCAUGUUUAACAGCUAAAUGUUGAGUUGAAUGAGCUUUAUUUUAAUUAACACAACACUGCUAAUGUCAGACGGCGAAACGACCGUCAGCUGACGUGACCCAACUUCGACCGGUGUUACACAAGAGUCUGUGACCUAAUUAGGGUCUUACUUUACUUAAUAGCAGUUUAUCACAUAUAUUUAACUGUUGCCUCCGUAGUGUUUGUGUUUUUAGAUUUAGAGCCGUAGCUUUUGAUAGAAAAGACAACCUGACAGCAGAAACUGGUGUACAGGUGAGUGUCUGCACCUCACCUGUCAGUAUCUGCUCCACCCUUUGCUCUUUCCUCAUGCAGUUAAUCAUCCACAGCUCCUAAAGAUAUGAGGGAUGCUUCAUAGCUCACCCCUCUCCCCACCUGUCUCUCUACAGCCGCUGCUGUCAAAUGAAGGCAAUACGAGCCCAAUAAAUCAUCUCAGUUGUGAUUAUUAAUUCAUGUUCAACUCAAGAAGAAUCUGCUGUAACCGGUAUGAUUUCAGGUGGAGGUGGCCGAGGGGCUUCCAGGCUUUUCCACGAUAACUUGUAGGUGACGGUUUGAUAAGAUGAUCAUACAGCCCCGAGAUGAACUAGUUUUCCAUUUGGAUGCUAUCAAACAUGGAUAAAGCUUUAAUGUUGCUGCUUGUUCAUUAAUGUACCUCUGGUGUUGCCUCUUUCCUCCCCCCCCCCAGAGAGAUGCAGUGCUUGUCCAGAUCACAGAAACAAAGUCGAGUUUACAUGGGAUCACACUGACACAGGAAAGGUUUGCCCCUUUUUCAGCCAGCCGAAGAUCACUACAAGUCAGCAUGUCUCACCGAGGGCCUUUAACUGUUGUCAUAACGACGGUAUUGGGGGCGACCUUAGGAGGGCUGCUCAUAUGGCAGGUCUACAGAACUAAAAGGAAGAGGCUGCCUUCCAUUCAGAAGGUGGCCGCUCCCGUGGAAGCUCCGCGUGCUGUGGAAAAGGAGUUUACGGACGUGGCGGCGGAUGAGUACACCCAGCCGCCACAUCUUCCGGACAAAGAGCUUAAGGCCGUGGAGUGUCGGACCACUCAACUGCCCCCUCCCGUACAGAUACCGUCUUAUGAGCAGCUGCUGGGGGUGAAACCGGUAACGGUGAGCUCUGAAGAGGAAUGGCAGCAGCUGUGGCCACUGAUGCAAAAGGAGUUGUCAGUCUUCCCUGUGCUGGGGCUUGACUGUGAAUGGGUAAAGACCGACGCCGUGUCGGUGAAAGGCCGAACCUCUGCGGUCUCCCUGCUACAGAUGGCCACAUACUCGGGUCUGUGUGUUCUGGUGAGGCUGCUGGCGUUUCGCGGCGGCCAACAGCCGUUCCCUCUCAGCUUAAUGGAAGUCCUCCGAGACCCCCACAUUUUGAAAGUUGGCGUCGGUUGCUAUGAAGACGGCAAGCGUCUGACACGUGACUACGGUCUGUCGCUGUCGUGUACAGUUGACCUGCGCUACCUUGCCUUGAGACAAAGGCUAUCUACAGUGAAUAAUGGUCUGAGUCUGAAGUCUCUGGCAGCAGAUCUGUUGAAUGUAUCUCUAGAUAAAUCCCUGGAGCUGCGCUGCAGCGACUGGGAGGCAGAUCAACUGACGCUGGAGCAGAUGACUUAUGCUGCCAGAGAUGCCCAAGUUUCCAUCGCACUCUUCCUCCAUCUCCUUGGCCUCCACUCUGAAGCCGGACCCGCCUCUUCCAGCGGGAGCUCUUACUCUGAGUUGGCUGCCCGCUGCCAGGGCCUGGUGGACGUACCCUUCAGGGGCCAAGGAGACGGAGAUGACAGGGCCGCUGACGGAGAGAGGAGGCGGAGGACGCGGAAACCGCCCACUUAUGAGAGCCCGGAGUCUGGAGAUCAGCAAGUCCCAGACCCUCGAAAGAAUAACAAGAGGAAACCGCUGGGUGUAGGCUAUUCUGCCAGGAAGUCUCCUCUCUAUGAUAACUGCUUCCUCCAUGCUCCAGAUAACCAGCCUCUGUGUACCUGCGACAAGAAGAAAGCCAAAUGGUACCUAGAUAAAGGAAUAGGAGUGCUGCAGAGUGAGGAUCCUUUCGUUGUGAGGCUGCUGUUUGAGCCGUCAGGACGUCCCGACUCCCAACAGGACUAUUAUCUCACUGCUAAGGAGAAUCUCUGUGUGGUCUGUGGUAAAGCAGAUUCCUACAUCAGGAAAAACAUUGUGCCACACGAGUACAGACGACAUUUUCCCACCGAAAUGAAGGACCACAACUCCCACGACAUCCUGCUGCUCUGCACCAGCUGCCACGCCGCCUCAAACGUGCACGACGGCUUCCUGAAGCAGCAGCUGGCCGAAGAGUUCGCCGCCCCUCAGGGCUGCGAGGACGGGGUUCGCCUGCUGGAGGACUCGGACCGACGGCGGGUACGUUCGGCGGCUCGGGCUCUGCUCACCGCCGGGGACGGACUGCCGGAACAGCGCCGGGAGGAGCUGCAGGCUUUGAUCAAGAGCUUCCUCGACGUGAACGAGGAGAAGGAGAUGACGGACGAGGUGCUGCAGCAGGCUGCCGGAUUGGAGACGAGGAUUUUCAACGAGGCGUACGUGCCUCACGGUCUCAAGGUGGUGCGAGCUCACGCCGAGCAGGGCCUGCAGGGCCUGAUGGACCUGGAGCGCCACUGGAGGCAGCACUUCCUCACCACCAUGCAGCCUCGCCACCUUCCCCCCCUCUGGUCCGUCGACCACAACCACAGCAAGUUCCUCCGCAAAUACGGAGCCGACCUGCCGAUCAAACUCAACUGACUGAGUCUCUGCGAGGACCACAAGCAGCUACAGACCAGGACAGGAACCUGAAUGUUCUCAUCCGCCGGUCAGAGUGCCGAGUUGGAUUUGAAACUUCCAUUCUGUCAACUUUACAAGCCAAAUAGCUUUGUUUUUUUUGAACGGAUGAAUGAACUGAUCUACCAGCUGGGACCGAAACGUUGCUACUCUGGUGUUAACGAGGCCGUGACGAGUGUGUGAGCGAACACACUUGAUCUGCGAUGGAUGACGUUUCACCCCACCCUCUGUUUCUGGUGACACACGUACCAGAGUGCCAGUGAGACGCUGCUGGGUUUCCACCUGGAUCCUGAAUGGACUAAAUGAAUUUGAGCAGAGACUCCGCUUGUGGAGAAGAUAUCUCCACAACGCCACCGUGGAUGUCACACGAGUUGCAUAUGGCCACUUUUUUAUCAUCAAAUAUGUAUAAUUAUUUAUGAAAAAAAUUAAACUAAUGAACUCUAAGAACAGAUGUUUAGUAAAAGCUACAGCCUGCUCUUAAUUUACCCCUAAAUUUACCCCCCACCCCCCCUUGCAGGUUAGCAGCUUUUACUGCCAUCAGUUUGAGAAUAAGUGACUUGCUUUGCAGAGAGAGGAUCAUUUUAAGAUGACCUUUAAAUGAUGUGGCACCCCCACCCUGCUUUUGUUUUCAGUCUAUUGUCUGUUUUAAGUCAAUAGAUGAAGGACGAUUUUCCUGGAAGCAUCUUGAAAUCAAAUUACCCUGUUCCCUUUUUGAGAAGAUUAGUUUGGUCUCAAGGUGCCUUUGGGCGUGAAUGUGUUACAUUUCAAGGGUUUUUUCUUUUUGCUGCAGGGGGAGACGAAAACUAACCACAGUAAAGUUGGCCGGUUCAGUCGAUCAUUUCAAAUCCCUGACGUUUAUGUCCUGCUGCUGCUUCCUCCAGACGGGUGGGACAACCUCCAUGGCUCAUGUUUUAAUGUGCCUCUUAAUCCCCAAACCCCGACCGGAGUCCCAGCAUCAGGCCAUGACCUCGUAACAGUUUACAGAUGUUUCACUACGACGUCGUUUUUACAGAAUCCAAACUCCACCGUGAAGAGAAGUCGCCAACUUUAAUGUGAUUUUGACAAUAACCUUAAAGCUAAAAAAAAAUAAAAUAAAAAAAAACCCUUUGCAAGGCAUUUCUUUGAGUGUGAUGAAUUUAUUUACAAUAGAGCUGCUUUGUCUUUAUUCGUAUUAUGUAUGUAAGCCCUGGAAGCUGUUUUGUUUUUUCCUAAAUUGUGAAUGAAAAAUAAAAAUCAUGUUUGUAUUAAA